GCCUAUGCCGGCCCGGAAUGGCGGACAGAGAAGACGGAGAGUUCGCCGCCGCUCCGGUUCCGCCGCCGGAGAACUCGGCCCUGGUCGGACGGGGCGUGUCUGAGGGUCUCCGCCUGGCCCCCGCCGCUCGAAAGGCGCAGCCGUCAGAUCUGGUGGCUUUGGCCGAGCAAGUGGAGAAGGCGGAUGAGUUCGUCCGAGCGAAUGCCUGCAACCGGUUAACCGUCAUUGCGGACCAAAUCCGAUAUUUGCAAGAACAAGCCAGAAAGGUACUGGAGGAUGCUAAGAGAGACGCUGAUCUCCACCACGUCGCCUGCAACUUUGUGAAAAAGCCUGGGAAUAUCUACUACCUGUACAGGAGAGAAAACGGCCAACAGUAUUUCUCAAUGCUUUCCCCAAAGGAGUGGGGGGCCAGCUGCCCCAGCGAAUUUCUGGCUGCCUACAAGCUGCAGCACGACCUCUCCUGGACCCCUUCAGACGAGGCGGAGAAGCGCGACGCCGAGCUCAACGUCCUGGAGAAGCUGCUGGACCAGCAAGCCGUCCUGCCCCCCUGCAGCGAACCCAGUUUUCGCGGCCUUACAAUGUGAUGGCGCUUGGCCACGGGUGCCCAUGGAUUUGAGGGGCGUUUCAGUCUCCUGCUUGCCAGCCGUUCUCUCCUAGUUGCCCUUCGA